AUUUGAUUUUGAGCAGCCAUGCACGAAUCCUCUUAAUAAAUAUAGCUGUACCAGAGACAAACUCUCUGUCUGUCUCUGGCUGUACUUAUAUUUCUCCGACUAUACACGUACUUUUUCGAUUGAAAUUAGAGUCAGUUUUAUUUUAGUAUAUUCAUAAAAUAAAUAGAACAUACUAAUGAACUAAAAUUUGUCCAUUCCUGUUUUUGCUUUGUAGGUACCAGUUAUUUAGUAGAUGCUGUGACAUUUCAUUGUUCUCGUAUAGUACUUCUUUCCCUGGACAUUUUAAACUUUUUUUUCUUACUUUGUCACGGAAUAUUUCAUCGAAUGUCGAAUGAUUUUCUUUGACUUUGACUCGAAAGUUUUGACGAUCUGAAUGAAAUGACAACAAAUCCCCUAAGAACAGAAGCAGAAUAAUCUUCGAUAUCUCCACGUAUUUUUACAAUGCAAAGUACAAGUCUGAAGCCUCUCAAUAUAGACCAAGUUAACAAAAAAAUUCUCCAGAGAAAACCUUUCGUCAGACCUGAUUACGAUCUUUUAAAUCCAACGGGUAAUUAUCACGAUGAACAUUUGAAGAUGUAUAAGGAAAAAUGUGCCAGAUUUGCCGACAUUGCGAAGAAAUAUCGAGAAUUCAAUGAACAAACUUUCUUAACAUCGAAGGAGAAAUUAUUAAAGGACUAUGAAAAUUUCAUUGAAGGAGUCAGUGAAGAUUUCUUUCAUUUGAAACAAAAAGAAACGGAAAGCGAGAUAAAAGAAGAUUUCUACGAGAAGAUGAGAAAUUAUGAAGUUGAUGGAAGAAGGGAGAGAAGAAGGCUAAUUAGGAAUAUUCACGAAAAACUUGAUACCACGACUAAUGAUUAUUGUAUUGAACCAUGGUUUAAACGUUAUUUAAUUUUGAACAAGUUCAUAUAUUACGCCCGUGCUGUUGUUCUCAAGAACAGAUUAUUGAAGAAUCUGGAGAUACUGAAACAAUUAAAUCACGAGAAGAUUCAGGAACUUGAGCAGAAACAUCUAAGAUGUAGAAAUGAAAGUUAUUCGCAAUUGUUUGCGAAAUUUUUGUAAAAACACUUUUUCAUAAAUAUAUCUUCAUUUAUUAACAUA